AGAUAUGAGGCUCUGUAUGUGUACAUGGAUAAGUGCUAUGCACAUCUCAUCUGAUGAUAUGGUUUGCUACUGAUGAAGCUGAAUAUUACGGUAUGGUAUAGCUGCAUCUUGCGUGUCCUUGGAAUUUGCCAGAUCGAUCGUCUGUUGUGCAUAAGUAUACGGUCGGUUUUUCCUCCAGUCAGCGACAUAGGACAUAGAUCUCUCCAACCUGUUCAAUCACGGACGGCCCAGCGGAAUGGAUGCGGAUAUCCCUCUACUUCAGGGCGACAUCGAAACGAUGCAGACGUAUUUUGCCGAGCGAAAACAGCGGACGACCAGACUUUACCAGACUGCCAAACUGGCCGGGUUUCUGUGUACGAUUUUGUUCCUGACUUUCAUUCAAUUCGUGUACUUUGGAGUGAUAAUGAAGAUAUGGGGCCCGGAGAAAGCCGACGUGGACAGGGAAGCCUGCACGUGCAAGUGCUGGGACACCGUGUUCAAAGGCACGUACGAAAUGGGAGUCGGUCGCUACAAGCACGUCUACUUCAACGUGACGGCUCAGACGUUCAAAAUGUGGGGCCUGACAGUUGUCGCCGUAAUAAUGACGUACGAGUGCAUUAGUUAUGUCGUCCGCAUCGCCCUCUGUGGGAGAAUCAGAUACACCAUGCUGGCGCUAUUAUUUGCCGUCAUUCACCCGCACUAUUACUCGUGGUGGAUGUUCUUUGGGUAUUACAACGACGACUUUUACGUCCAGUGGUACCACCAGCUGCUCUUCACCGUCACCGAGCUUCUCUCCACCGCCCUGGUGUUGAGUAUGUUGGACAGAGGAGUCAAACCUUCUCCCAGGAAGCUCUACACCAUCGCUUCUAUCGCUCUUUUGCACAUCCUAGCAGGAGGCAUGGACCAGUUCGUUACCAACGUUUUGUUAGGGCGCGGGAUGUUCCACCAGGUUACCCGGGACAUAGCCUUCUUCUCCUCCGAUGUCGUCUACCUGCUCGUAUCCUGGGCUGAGCUGGCGAUGCUGUGCGUGCGGGAGAACAUUCCAGUAUCUCUAUUAAUCAUGUCACUGAAACGAGACAUAAUGACUUCAGUAGUUGUCAUAAGCGGUCUGCUAUUGAUUCUGUCAUACAUCUAAACGUACACCGGCAUCUGUUAAUGUAAGAACAUUAUUCACCCUCAAUGGUGUGUUACGGGGGCGAAAAUAAUACUUGUGAACAUUCAUUGAACACCA